AUGAAUAUGAAUACAAAUAUUAACACAGAAACGAUCAAAACUCCAAGUCAAGAUGCUCAAGGUCGUUGGUAUGACUUACUAUCACCAACACAAGUACUAACAGGACAAGAACAAACAACAACUACAACGACAAUAUCAAAAAUAAAGAAAGAACAACCACAUGAAGCAACUAUACUAAUGUAUAAACGUGCUAAUCAACUAAAACAAAAACAAAAACAACAGGAUCAAACAGAGGACGUAGAAAUGGAAGAAAUAAUUCCUCUCAAUGAUACAAUGACAUUACCAGGUCCAUAUAAUCCUCAACGAAAAAUAAUGAAACGUAAAAGAGAUGAAUCAGCUAAACAAAAUGAUACAUCUAUUAUUAAAUCAUUAAGUCAAUUGUCAAUGAAAGAAAAUUCUAAGAAAAAGAAAAAACGACCGUCUUCGUCUUUGAAAAUACAAGAUAAAGAAAAUGGAAAAGAAAAUGAAGAAAAUAUGAUUCAAGUCAAUAUUAAUAAACAAACAACAUCACUACAUUAUUAUUUAAAUGCUACAGAUAAAAAAUUUAAACAAAUGUUAAAGGCUGCCUUUGUUGGUGGUAAAGAUAUUCUACAAUGGUAUAAAUCAAAAGACACUCUUCAUUAUCUACGUGAACAUACUCGUUUAGUAGAUAGAGUACAUUAUCUGAAAUUAGAAGAAGAUCUUUGGAAAAAUUAUACAAUUUAUGGGGAAAUAUAUCACUGUUGGACAUCAUCAUUAUCAAAAACAAUCAUUAAAGAUAAUAAAUUAGAAGAAGAUUAUAAAAUAUCGAAAAAGUCUAUGACAAAAUAUCGAGAAAGAAUCAAACAUCAACAACAAGAAGCUGAAGGACAAGUUGAAAAACAUGCCUUAUUAUUGAAAGAUUAUCAACAUCAAGAUUCAAGCGUCGAUGAACAACAUUCAUGGGCAGCUAUCUUAGCAUUAGUACGUAAAGGUCAACAUAAAUUAUCUCAAAAUUAUGANCUGUGUCUAUCCUGA